AAAACAUUAACGCGCAGCACGGUCUCGGGCAGAAGCAAAGUUUUCGGUUCUGUAGCAAAGGAAAAAUCUGCUAAAUUUUAAAGUGUUUCGGUUUUGUUUUGUUUUGCAACUGAUUGAAGUGACAAGAAAAGCGCUGGAACCUACGGUACGGUGUGUAGUGGAAGCUCUUAGCUCAGUGUGCACAGUUUUUUGUGAACAAUAUUUAAUCAGCCAGUUGUUGGGAGGACAGCACGAGCGUAUCGUUGGUCGAUUCACACUUGUGAAGUGAAACUCAAAAGUGACAGUACAGUAGUUGCAUGUGUGAGCAGAUUGAAUGUGUAAAAAUUUCGAAAAUAAUUCAAUAAUGGCGCACGGACUACAUUCGAUGAUAAAAAGUGAAAUUGGAUGCAGCAAUAGUAAGCCGCGGGUUGACCAGCAGCAGCGCAGCGGUGCUGCGAAUGGAGCGAGCUCGGGUUCCGCUGGAAAGAUGGGCUCCCGAAGGAUCUUCACGCCACAGUUCAAGCUGCAGGUGCUCGAUUCCUAUCGGAACGAUGGUGAUUGUAAAGGAAACCAGAGAGCAACAGCUCGCAAGUACGGUAUACACCGAAGGCAAAUUCAGAAAUGGCUGCAGGUGGAAAGCAAUCUCCGCUCAGCGGCCGCUAACAGCAGCUCCUCCAAUGGGGCUGCCAGUACGAUGAAAAUCAACCUAAUGAGCAAUAGUGGCAAUCAUCAUCCGCAUCAUCCGCAGCCCCAGCAGCAGCAGCAGCAGCCUCAGUUCCAGCUUCAUCUACCGCACCAUCACCAUCACAUCCACCAUCAGAAUCUGAAUUCCAUUGAACUAAAAGUACCCAUGGAUUCAACCAGACACCGCGUCGCUCAAAACGCCAGCUCCAACAACAAUAAUAACAACAACAACAACAACAUCAACGGCAAAGAGAGCAGCGUCAGCGCUUGUAUAAUAUCGCCCGUUCCAACUCACACAUUGCUGUCGCCGUUCUCGCAUCCACACCAUGAAAGUUCGUCGUCGUCAGCAAGUCUAUCGGUACUUAAACCACAAAGCCGGGAUCCGACGGCAACCGCUUCUGCGGCGGCGGCGGCAGCGAUGGUAAGCCAAGUGUUGCGGCCAAAUUUUUCACCUGUCUCCGGCGAUUUUCCAGCCGUAGCAACCCCGACCCACCUCCACCACCAUCAUCAUCAGCAGUAUCAUCCCGGGUACGAUCAGCUUAAUCUGUUCGACAACUACUAUCACUAUCAUCAUUACGCCAAGUACGCGACCGACUGCCCGAUCGAUCUUUCACGGCCGCAGCAGCAUAUUCGCAGCAAAAUGGAGCAAGCUCUCUCGCCAUGUUCGACCGUUUCGUCCGUCUACUCAUCGCGGCCCCGAUCGCCGACGCCGGUGCCGGUCAGCAUCAAAUGCGAAGCGCGUGAUCCGGCGGACGACUGCGAAGCCGUCGAUUUGUCCUGCCGCAAACGCAAGUCUCACUCAACCGGUGACGAUUCCAGCGACGGUCCCAGCCCGCCCAAGUCGGUGAAACUCUUCAAACCGUACCUGCUGGACGAGAAAGAUGACGAAAAAGAUUCCUCCAUCGAAUCACCUGCGGCUGCGGAAUCGCUGAAGGAUGGUAUUGGAUCGUCGGGGAGGCUAGAGAACAAUCCCAUCAUAUGGAACUUUCAUGCUCAGCAGCGCUACUACGAGAACUUCUACGAGUACAACAGCGGCCAGUACGCCUAUCUACCCAGUCCGCCCUACAUCCAUCAAACUCCGCUCACACCGAUUCCGCGAACCCCCUACAGCACCCUGUCGCCGUCUCCGCCAAGCAGCAACGGUGGCAGCAGCAGCCGCUGGGCUGCACCGCAGGCUUCACCAGUUUCCGGAUACGACAGUUCUACCUCGAUCUCAUCCGUCUACAGUGCCGACGGAAACGACGACGGCUACAGCUACAGCUUGGAACUGAAGCAGCAGGCCAUCGAUAGCUACUAUCACGACGUAAGCUGCCGGGGUGACUUCCGAGCCGUCGCGUCUAAGUACAACAUCAGCCGGAAGUACGUCGAGAAGUGGCUAGCGCAGGAGGAUCACCUAGCCGUGAGCACCGUUAGCAGCAGCAAUCCACCACCGCCGCCACUGCCGCCCCAGGUCGUGGUUGGGUAAGCCAUAGUUUCGCUUUCGUUUUAUUCUUCUAACACAUAUAGUACAUUAGAGCUAGCAAUUAGAGUCAGGAUUUCGUUCGACACCGCGCGCGUUUUCUUCCGUUGAACAUUAAGAAAGCAUAUACGAUCAAUCCUGUGAUGAUGUUCUCGUAAGCGCGAGCCGUCGUCGAUCAUGUAAUGAUCGUCGACCGCUCGAUUCGCGGUUUUCAAUCGGGACUCGGCAGGCCAGUCCGUCUGUCCGAGUUCACAGGGACUUUGUUGAAAUGAAAAAAACUGAAAUGUGAUAUUUAUAACCUAUACAUAUGAUCAUAUCGUAAGUAAGUUUGUCAGGAUUAACGAGCGAGCGGUUAGGAAGUAGCAUGAUUUACACAUAGUGGCAGAAAAAAAAACUUGGGAACACAUCGAAGGUCCACGGUUCGAGCGAAGCUCGGAAAACGCAUGGCACUUGCAGAAGAACUACCCACAAAAAUCUGGUCCUCUAAUUAGCAUAACAAUUGCAGUCUAUCAAGUUUUGGCUAGCAAAAAGCUGUGAAGUUUGCUUUGUUCCCACCCUUCGCACGCAGGUGUUGCCACUAUCUGGCGGCUCUGGCUUGGGUUACGCCUCCCGAAAAAAGAUUUGCACCGCACUAGGAUCGCAGGUAGAAUGACAUCCAGAUCUCACACCGUCCCCGUCUUCCUUUUUCUGUCUUUCGACUGUAACUUCUUCGGACGGUUCAACAAAUCACAGGUGCCAUAUAAAGUAGAUUCUAGUGAUCACCACUUUCCGCCUGCCAAGUGCAGCAGCAGCCUGCGAGCGAAAGGUUGGAAUUAUCUACACUUCCCCUGUCCUGGGCAGGCCAGGCAAUCGUGCAGCGAAAAAUGCAGCCAUAAAACCCAAAAGAGCAAUAAAAGCAACACCUUUCGUCGGCCAUAACGAAGGGAUGGGAAUUUCCCAUAAUUCCCCCAGUCUGGAUCAUAAUUAGUAGUUUCGGUCGGUUCGCACUUGUUUCGCAUAGUCUCUUUCUGGCACUGUUUGCUCGUUUGUUUAAUUAGAACAAACCAACCCCCCGGCCCGGAGACAGAUAUGUCGGCUACCAUUUUGUACAGUCUAAAACUUGAUCGCGCGCCUGUCAGAAGCCGCACGCAAGCUGGCAGAGAGACCGUUGCGCGUUGUGUCAUUCGCCAUUUUUGCGCCAUCUUUUUUUUUCCUAAUCCCCAUCUCCAACCAUGCGCAGAAAAAUUGCACCACAUCAGCAGUGACUAAAUUUUCGCGUUAAAUUGCAACUAAAAUUAGGCGAAUGAUUGAACAAUCGUCUCGUAAACUAGGAAAAACUAAAGGUGCCACUAAUUGCUCCGGCUCGUGCGCCUCCGACCCCGACGACGAACGAACCGCACCAGACCUGGGCGUUCAGCUCAACCAUUCACUUGUUUUUUUAUUUCGCUUAUUUUAUAUAUUCUUACUUUUUUUCUUCGAGUGCCACCUUACGCCGCUACUCAGGAAAGCAAACAAGAAAAAAAAGCGAAUCAUUCAUCGCAAGUACCACCAUAUAAAUUGUGCCAAUCGGACACAUGAUUUCAACAAUAUUUUUACUCCGAAAGUGAACCGCACUCGUCGAUCGUCACAAUUUUUUUCCCUUGUUUUGGAUCCCUUCCUCGAACUCUGCGGUCCCACUUUGAUGUUUCCCAACCGUGACAAUUCGAAACCGAAAAAAAUGUACUGACAAAAUCAAAUCAAAAGAACAAACUUAUCUCAACAGUGUGUCACAUCAAUCCUGUCAAAUACUAACAUUUGUGAAUAUCAAGUGCCUAAUCGAGAAUAGGAACAAGCAAAAAGUAAUAAGCUAGUAAUAAGAGUAAAAUAAAACAAGUAAAUCAAGUGCCAAUACACCAACAAGCAAAACAGCUGUUAGUAACUAGAAGAAAGAAAAAAAACAAACAAACAAUUAAUGCUAAUGAUUUGAUAAAUCGAACAACAGCAAAAUUGUUCAGCCAGCGGGGAAAUCCACAAAUCAAAACACUCGACCGCGAGUCCAGUUUAUCCAAUUGUUUUUUUUUCUGUUUGUUUUGUAAGUUAUUCAAAUUCAAUUCGCAAUCAAUAAUUUCACUUUUGUUGUACAUAAACGUAGUAGUCCAACCCGACCCGAGCAAAAACGGGGGAACGGAAACGUUAGAUUUCUUCUCAUGAAAUGUCAAAUCAUCAUCAUAACUCAUAACUUAUCUAGUUGACUUUUCCGUUUUGAAUUAUGUGCAUCAAGUAUACAGGUUCGUUCGUAAGGUUGAUUGUACUAAUUAUUGUAAACAAAAUAUUAUUAUUAUGAUUACUCUUAACAUUAUUAAUUAUUAUUUCUAGCAUACCUUUAGGUAGGAUUCCGACAGAUAGUCAGUGUACAGUAGUUGAUCAUGUGUGUGAUGAUGAACUGAAGGCAGUUAGUUAUACAUCCGGGCGAGAUGCUCGUACAGGGAGCACCGCCCGUAGCAAUUGUAAAUAGUUUACAUUUGACAAGCAAAAACCAGCCAUACUUGAAAAGAAUGAAUUGGAACUAUUUUAAUUAAUCGUGUUACAAGUAAGUGAGCGCAGCGAGCAAGAGCGAGCAAAGCGAAAUAUAAGGAAAAAUCAUAUUGUAUUUUCUAUUAACUAUAUUAUACACACACACUUUGAAUGAGAGUUUUUUUAUUUGAUCGAAGAAUAAAG